ACGUGAACUUUGAACUGGUCACUCACUUCCGACCAACAGCCACUGGAUACGGACGCUACCAAAACGACUUAAAAUCUUCGAUCGAUGUCGGGCCGUAAUAUUGUACAUUACUGUAUAUAUAUGUAUAUAUUGUCAAAUAAAGAAAGGGAUACAAAAAAUCGACUGGACGUAUUCUCUACAACAUCGGACGAUUAGCAUAGAGUUUAGAACACCAAAACUGGUGACCCGAACAAAGAAGACACGUGCCCCGCAAGGACAAUCCAUCUCCAUCGUACAGCCACUAGAUCAGAAAAACGAAACUUAAUUAUUUCCUGUAAUUUAAGAAGGUCAGUAACAAUUUUAUAUCUUUAUUUUGGAAAAUUUCGUCAACCGAUAUAAUGGAGUCAGCCGGCGUUCCGCAAAUCUCUCGAGUGGCAGUCAAGCCACCUCCAUUUUGGAAAAACAAUCCCACUCUCUGGUUUGCCCAACUCGAAGCUCAGUUCGCCAUCGCUAAUGUUUCCGCCAACAUAACCAAAUAUUACUACGUUAUUUCAACAAUAGAAUCGGACAUCUUAGAAUCGGUACACGACCUAGUGACCAAGCCACCUGAAAACAACAAGUAUGACACUAUAAAAAAAAGGCUGAUCGACAUAUAUUCGGAAAGCCAAACGUCCAAGUUACGAACACUUUUACAAGGACUUGAAUUGGGCGACCAGCGCCCGUCACACUUAUUAACUAAGAUGCGUGACCUCGCCAAUGGUCAUUUCAGUGAAGACUUAUUAAAAUCGCUGUGGCUUCGAAGACUACCAGGAAAUAUCCAAGCUAUUCUGGCAGCAUCGAAUGAAAGUCUGCCACAACUCGCCACAAUGGCUGAUAAAAUACACGAACUUACCAUCAUUAACCACACGCCAAUCAGCCAACAGGAACAAUUCUCUAUUAGCAAUCCAAUCGAGAAACAAAUACAGGAAUUAACAUUGCAAGUAAAUGAACUCGCUACUCUGGUACGAACACCAAGAUACCAACAUCGCCCAAGAUACAACUUCCGAAAUCGCCAGGACCCGCACGGACGAAGUCCAUCCCGUGAGCGACGACGUUACAAAGAACCAGAAGGUGGCUUAUGUUUUUAUCACACUAACUUUGGUGCAAAUGCAAAAAAAUGCACCCCACCCUAGUUCAU